ACGGAUAGUUCUCCUCUUCAGGGAUCUGGUGGUUUCCCAAACUCUGUCCUGUGUGUACGUUUUGGGCUGAUUAAAAUAACCAACUCAUAAUUACGCUUUGAUGAUUUGAAUCAGCUAUGUAGCGUUAGAGAGCAACAACCAAAACGUGCACCCAGGUCCAGAGUUUGGGCAAUCCCCAGACGAGGUGAACCAUCCGUCAUGCAAAGAGGUCUGGUGGAGAUGACGUAGAUCCCCCACACAGUCGGCUGACUCUCCGCGGUAGAUGGCUGUCAGUUGGGGCUAGCCAGCUAACUCACCGUUGACAACGAUAACAUUCAGACUAUAUUCACAAGACAGAAAUAUCAAUACCAAAAUGGAUCAACAGUUUGAGGAAAUAGAUUCGUCUGGGCAGUGGCAAAACCUUUAUAAUGAAAUCCGAAACCAAGCGAGCGACUACUCAUGUAAGGUGGCAAAACUCCCAGAGAAUCAGAAUCGAAACCGAUAUAGAGAUGUCAGCCCCUAUGAUCACAGUCGCGUUAAACUUGAAAACUCUGAAAAUGACUACAUCAAUGCAAGUCUAGUCAUGGUGGAGGAAGCCCAAAGAACCUAUAUUCUGUCUCAGGGCCCCUUGAAGAACACCUGCGGUCACUUCUGGUUGAUGGUCUGGGAGCAGAACUCCAAAGCUGUUAUCAUGCUGAACAGAAUCCUAGAGAAGGGGUCUGAGAAGUGUGCUCAGUACUGGCCUACAGCUGAGGAACAGCAGCUGUCUUACACGGACACAGGGUUUGUCGUGACAUUAGUGAAGGAAGAGGACAAGUCCAACUACAUCGUACGAGUGUUGGAGCUGAGGAACACAGAGACAGGAGGAACCACAGAGAUAUACCACUUUCACUACACCACCUGGCCUGACUUUGGCGUCCCAGAAUCCCCGGCCUCUUUCCUCAACUUCCUGGUCAAGGUGCGGGAGUCUGGCUCAUUGGGGCCGGAGCACGGGCCCUCCGUGGUCCACUGCAGCGCUGGGAUUGGACGCUCAGGGACCUUCUCGUUGGUCGACACGUGUCUCAUCCUGAUGGACAAGAGGAAGGACUCGUCGUCAGUGGACAUUCUGAGAGUUCUGCUGGACAUGAGGGAGUACCGGAUGGGUCUGAUCCAGACUCCUGACCAGCUACGCUUCUCCUACAGGGCUGUCCUGGAGGGAGCCAAGAGCAUCAUGGGAGACUGCUCUGCACAGAGCCAGAAGAGAGAGCUGUCCAGAGAGGACAGAGCGACAGUAUGUGAUUCACCGCCUUCCCCCCCUCCCAGGUGGCUCUCUGACACCCCCGCCCCCCCUCUACCCCCACCACGGCCUUUAGCCGCCCCCGCCCCCCCUCUACCCCCACCACGGCCUUUAGACGCCCCCGCCCCCCCUCUACCCCCACCACGGCCUUUAGACGCCCCCGCCCCCCCUCUACCCCCACCACGGCCUUUAGACGCCCCCCCGUCCCCUCUACCCCCGCCACGGCCUUUAGACGCCCCCCAGUCCCCCAGUCGGCCCUCAGAAAAGCCCAACGGCCAGCCACUGCCCUGUGUGGAGCCUGAGCCUGUGGCGUUGUCCAGAGAGGACCGGACAUCAGGAGACGGGACAGAUCCAGACAGAUCAGAGAAGGACCUGGCGGAGGUGCCAAGUCUGAGGAAGAGACACAGGGAGGAGCGUAUCGCCUGCACGGCCCAGAAGCUUCACCUGAUGAAACAGAGACUGACGAACACAGAGAGGCAGAGAGAACGCUGGCUGUACUGGAGGCCUGUGCUGCUCAACAUGGGGGCUGGAGCUGCCGUGGCCCUAGGGCUAGUGGUGGUUUGGCUCUUCUCCCAGUGAUUUCCCUCCCUCUGUCAGAGCUGCCGUGGCCCUGGGGCUAGUGGUGGUUUGGCUCUUCCCCCAGUGAUUUCCCUCCCCCUGUCAGAGCUGCUGUGGCCCUGGGGCUAGUGGUGGUUUGGCUCUUCUCCCAGUGAUACCCCCUCCCCCUCUGUCUUUUUUGCACCAGUACCUGGCACACGGUACCCUCUCUCUCUCUCUGUAAGAUACAUUCUCAUGGUCUGUUUGUGCAUAACAGGGGUAUUUAUUUCUACAAGUCAAAACCAAGAUUGGGGUCAAUUCCAUUUUUGAUUCCUGUCAAUUCAGGAAGUACACUGAAAUUCCACAUUUCAAUUCUCUUCAAGCUUUUAAAAAAAAUGAUUUAACAUUUAGAAUUUAGUUUUGCUUUCUGAACUGAAAUGGUGUUGAACUCAACCCUGGUGGAAAGGUCAGAGCACUAGAUCAAACCGUCCCGGUGUAUAUUUUGGUUCCUGUUUAAAGAUCUUGGUGGUAACAUCUUCUCUCAGGCUGUUGGUGCUCCAGUUGGCAGCACCUGAUGAAUGUACUGUCUGAAACCCCCCCUAUGCAGCAGCAACAGACAUCAUGUGCAAAAGGCUCAGUACAAAACAACAACAUCAUCUUGACCUUUUUACUUUCGUUCAUUCUUUUUAUUUCAUUUUAAAAGGUCAGAUUGUUUCAUUGAUAUGAUUGAUGUACGUAUUUGACAGGAAGCAAUUCAAAGGCUGUUUCACCUCUUUUUUGGGGGAUCCUCUCAUAGAGCAACAGGAACAUAGAGGUCAGAGGUCAGCAGUAGAACUGUUCUCUAACCAACAACAUACUUUGUUCUUCAUAAUGCUGAUGGUGCUUUGACAUGUGUUCCUGACCAGACACGGUUCUUCCGUUGUGUCAGCAGGGUCCGGACCAGGCAGAGUUUGGUCUGAACGGUCAGCAGGGCCCAGAGCGGGCAGAGUUUGGUCUGAACGGUCAGCAGGGCCCGGACCGGGCAGAGUUUGGUCUGAACGGUCAGCAGGGCCCGGACCGGCAGAGUUUGGUCUGAACGGUCAGCAGGGCCCGGACCGGGCAGAGUUUGGUCUGAAUGGUCAGCAGGGCCCGGACCAGGCAGAGUUUGGUCUGAACGGUCAGCAGGGCCCGGACCGGGCAGAGUUUGGUCUGAACGGUCAGCAGGGCCCGGACCGGGCAGAGUUUGGUCUGAACGGUCAGCAGGGCCCGGACCGGGCAGGGUUUGGUCUGAACGGUCAGCAGGGCCCGGACCGGGCAGAGUUUGGUCUGAACGGUCAGCAGGGCCCGCAGCGGGCAGAGUUUGGUCUGAACGGUCAGCAGUCUGGUCUCUACCUACCAACCCACGUUGUUGUGUACCGGGUCCAUACAGCGGGUUCCCCCUGGUCCGUUAGUCUGGUCUCUACCUACCAACCCACGUUGUUGUGUACCGGGUCCAUACAGCGGGUUCCCCCUGGUCCGUUAGUCUGGUCUCUACCUACCAACCCACGUUGUUGUGUACCGGGUCCAUACAGCGGGUUCCCCCUGGUCCGUUAGUCUGGUCUCUACCUACCAACCCACUGGGUUACAUUCUACUGGCAGCUGAUCCAGGAUGUCUCUCCUGGUGGACUUCUCAGCUAGCUAGCUUGUGCAAAGUCUGCUUAUGAGGUUAUAUCUGAUAUGACAAGUUUUGCUAACCUGAGUUUAUUUUAUUUAGUUGUAGUAUUAUUAAUCUGAUGCUGACUGACUGGCUGACUGGCUGGCUGGCUGGCUGGAUGGCUGACUGACUGGCUGGCUGACUGGCUGGCUGGCUGACUGACUGGCUGACUGACUGGCUGGAUGGCUGACUGACUGACUGACUGGAUGGCUGACUGGCUGAUGCCCAGCAGACAGUAAGGAGAAGUGAUGUAUAACAGUAGCCUUGGUCUCUGUGUUGCAGCAUGGACAGAGAAACGUGUGUGUGUGUGUGUGUGUGUGUGUGUUGCAGCAGCAGGUUUGGUCAAAGCACCUGCCAGUCCAAGGUUAAGGAAAUGAAUGUUGUUCAAAGAAAGCUCGGUGACAAUAUGAUGUGGUUGUAUCUUUUACUCUGUUGCUUUUAAACCCCCAAAAUACUUGAAUGUGCCUUUACUGUAGUCCCAGGGUUUCCAUAGUAACGUGGUAGGGAAUGGAGCGCUGUUUGCUAUUAGGACAGUGUGACAGAGUUGACUUCAUAUACCCUGAAUGGUCAUUGUCACUGUUGAUCAAAAAUAAACCGUGUGGCUAACUCAAAUAGGAAUGUAUGGUUGUAUGGGCCCAUGGUCGCGUACCAAAUGUGUUGUUAGCAUGUACUGACCUAGGAUGUCUUCUUUAUGUCGUCCCAGGUACUCACUCCUUGUGAUAGAAUGACUCAUUGGUUACGUUCUUAGUGGUGCCCUAUUCUCUUAAUAGUGUACUACUUUUGGCUCUGGUCUAAAGUAGUGCACUAUAUAGGGGAAAGGGUUCCAUAGGGCUCUGGUCAAUAGUAGUGCACUAUAUAGGGGAAAGGGUUGCCAUAGGGCUCUGGUCUAAAGUAGUGCACUAUAUAGGGGAAAGGGUUGCCAUAGGGCUCUGGUCUAAAGUAGUGCACUAUAUAGGGGAAAGGGUUGCCAUAGGGCUCUGGUCAAUAGUAGUGCACUAUAUAGGGGAAAGGGUUGCCAUAGGGCUCUGGUCAAUAGUAGUGCACUAUAUAGGGGAAAGGGUUGCCGUAGGGCUCUGGUCAAUAGUAGUGCACUAUAUAGGGGAAAGGGUUGCCAUAGGGCUCUGGUCAAUAGUAGUGCACUAUAUAGGGGAAAGGGUUGCCAUAUGGCUCUGGUCAAUAGUAGUGCACUAUAUAGGGGAAAGGGUUGCCAUAGGGCUCUGGUCUAUAGUAGUGCACUAUAUAGGGGAAAGGGUUGCCAUAGGGCUCUGGUCUAUAGUAGUGCACUAUAUAGGGGAAAGGGUUGCCAUAGGGCCCUGGUCAAUAGUAGUGCACUAUAUAGGGGAAAGAGUUCCAUUUGGGACUCCAACAUUGUGAUGACACUGGACGAUCCUCCACCAUUGGUUAUGGUUUAGGCAGGUAAUGCUGGCCUCGGUAAUGCUGGCCUCGGAAAUGCUGGUCCUCGGUAAAUUACUGGCCUCGGUAAAUACUGGCCUCGGUAAAUACUGGCCUCGGUAAAUACUGGCCUCGGUAAUGCUGGCCUCGGUAAUACUUGGCUCAGUAAUACUGGCCUCUGUAAUGCUGGCCUCGGUAAUGCUGGCCUCUGUAAUGCUGGCCUCGGUAAUGCUGGUCUCGGUAAUACUUGGCUCAGUAAUACUGGUCUCGGUAAUACUGGGCUCGGUAAUACUUGGCUCGGUAAUACUGGCCUCGGUAAUGCUGGCCUCAGAACAGCAUGGACCAUAACAUUUGUUUGUUGUUUCCCAUGAGAUUCAGGUGAGUUUUGUAACUGUGCAGUCACAACCUGACUGAUAAUGUUUAAAAAACAACCUGAACUUGUCCAAUAAAAUGUAUUUUUUAAACCGUACAUGCUUAUGGCUGAGUUGAUCCGCUUUCAAUCAGUGAUGCUUCUACACAGGUCUUAGAAGGAACUGAAAUCCCGUGUUCAUUUAGAAGGGACAGAUGUGAUUGGAGCUGAAAUCCCGUGUUCAUUUAGAAGGGAGAGAUGUGAUUGUAUACAAAUGUAAGCGGUUUACAAAUUGACAGCAAGAAGCCCACACAGAUCAUGUUUGACUAAAAUAUAUUUUCAGUCUACAAAUGAUUUGUAAUUAUGUUCCCCCCGAUUUUAAAUAUACUCAAAUAUCAAAAGUAAAAAUAUAAAUCAUUUCAAAUUCCUUAUAUUAAGCAGAGCAGACGGCAAAAUGUUCUUGUUUUUAACAUUUGCGGAUAGCCAGGGGCACACUCCAACAUAAUUGACAAAAGAUGCAUUUGUGUUCAGUGAGUCUGCUAGAUCAGAGGCAGCAGGGAUGACCAGGUGUUCUCCUGAUACCUGUGUGAAUUGGACUGUUUUCCUAACAAGGGAAAAUGUAUGGAGUAAAAAGUACAUGAUUUUCUUUAGGAAUGUAGGUAAGUAAAACUUUUCAAAAAUGUAUAUACUAGUAUAGGCAAGUUUCUCAUGAAGUCAGAGGCAGGCUGCUGUUGUUGAUCCUAGUUUGUCUGUAACGUCAAAUUAAAAGUGAUCAUACUUAUGUAUUGAUAGUACCGUUUUUUUUUGCUUCUCAUGUUUGGGUUCCCUGUGUUGCCAAUCUGAAAUGUGAGAGAUAUGGUAGCCUAAUCUUUGGCAUGUUUUAAUCAUUUACACUAUUUAUCGUCAAGGGGUGUAGCGCUUGUUUCGGGCCGCAGAUGGAGCCGGUCGCUGUAGUGGUCUCUUCCCGUUCUGUCUCCACAGCGGUUCUCUCACUAGCCUGCCGGGGCAGCCGAAUGACACAGACACCAGAUAAACGGAAUAUAUUUUAAACGUUAUCCGGGUGAGCGAGUUAUAAAGCAUAUGGUAUGAAACACCAAGAAGCGGGGGGAGUAAAUGUAGUAUUGUUGUUGUUGACGUUUUGAUAGUUUAAUUAGUUGAUCCGUUAGCAUAGAAGCUAACGUUAGCUCCAGUCAAGCUAGCCUGGGGGGUGUCAUGGCAACAGGACCAACGAGCGACUGUUCACACAGAGUGGAAACAGGAACACAUCACUUCCUGUUUUUAGGGAAAGGUUGACAAUUAUAUGAUGAAUGUAUCUAUGAGAUAAGAUGAGGAUGUAUACCUUUUUACAAAUAGUUUUUAGUAUGUUGGCUAUUUAGAAUUGUAUAUGAGUAUCCAAGUCAGCUGAAUAAGAGAGAGACAACUGUAUUGAAGAGAGAAGCCCCUGAUAAAUUAUUUUAAAUCUU